CAUGCUGCGCAGUACCAUCCCCUCCUACGACCGCUUCCAGUGUCUGGAGCGCCUCAUGUGCUCAAUGGCCACUACCCAGAUACAACCAGAAGCAAGCUCACCGGUGCAGCCACAACCUGCGAUUAACUCUCCCAUUCAACAAGUUGCUCAAGAUGCAUCAGCGGUCCAACAGGGAUUUCCUGGAUUUCAACAACCCCCUAUAUUUCAGCAAGGACCUCAAAAUGCAUUAUUGCAGAACCCAGGAUUGCAAACUUCUGCGUUCCAGCCUCCAGCAUUCCAAAAUCCGGGAUUUCAGGGUCCAGGAUUCCAGAGUCCAGGAUUCCAAAGUCCAGGAUUCCAGAGUCCAGGAUUCCAAAGUCCAGGAUUCCAGAAUCCAACAUUGCAGAAUCCAGCUUUCCAGAGCCCACAAUUUCAACCUCCCCCUGGGCAAUUUCUGCCCCAGUUUCAAGCCCCACCCUCUGGACAGGUUGGACAAGGCAAUUUCCAGUCGCUGCAGUCUUUCCCAGGAGCUAACUUUCAAAGCCCAUUCCCUAACCAGCGAGAAAACCUUGACACGCCGGCUCAGAACACAGUGAGAAGAGAACACGGGCCCCCACUACUGAGGCGAAGACCAAUUAGAAGAAGAAGGCCCCAGAGAAAUGGAUUCUUUAGCUUCCUUAGUGGACUUGGCAAGAGGAAGAAGCGGAGCGUGUUGGAUGACGUGCUCGGGGGAUUAGGGGGAUUCACAUCUAACAGGUUCCUCGGAUUAUUGGAUCAGAUGAUGACCCAGUACUCCUUCUACCCGUACACCCACGCGGCGUACAUGGGGUACACGGGCUCCCCGGACCGGUGCGAGACCAUGUACCCGUCCUGUCCCUCCACCCCUGAGGAGAUGAUCGAUGUCUUCAACAACAUUCACAAGUAUUACCCUGGCGGAGUACCCUUCAAGGACAAGCUGCCGUGGCCACUAAGUUUUCUCUUACCUUGAGUUGGGUCAUUCUCGACAGAAAGAAAGUUUGCUCAGACUUUGUAAGAAAGUGAAUACAAGAUUUACGAGUUUAUUGUUUUCUAAAUAUUUAUGAACUUCAUUGUUUAUCAAACAAUUAUAGAAAACAAGAGGAAUCUCCUGUGCCAUUAUUAACUUUCAAUGUUGAGUUUGCGGAAUGUUCUCGAACCCCGUGUAAUAUCAACCCAUCAACUGAAAAUGAUUGUACAUAUAGCAACUAGUUAGUCAAACGUACCAAGAUAUAUUGUUGGAGCCCAAAAUAGUUCACAUUUUGUAUUACUGAAUUAGCCUAAAUAGCAUUAUUAACUAGAAGCCCCUAAAGAACAUGACCUAAUCUACCCUGACCUAUCCAAGCAACCAUAAGCUACCUAUGAGCUAAUAUAGUACAUAUAUAACAUAUGUGCUGUACUAGGCCUAGGAAUGUUAAAUUAUGGAUUUUUAGGCCUCUGCAAAAUUAAUAGUCAAAACGUGGACUGGUGUGGGUCCCAGAACACACACUGGGACGUUCUACCAAAUAACUGUUGUAAGCCCUAUCAUUUUAGGAGGAUGGGUUGUGUAAUAUAUAUUGGGCGGUCAUUUUGUUUAACUAAUUAUUUUAUUAUGCUUUCAACUGUCUUACUGAUUGUUUUGUAAUUUUAGAUUACUCCCUCCAAAACUC